GCGUGCUUCGGCCAGCUACUUCCGGUGCGACUGGCCUAGUACUGUCCUGGUACCGGCAGCCGCCUGACCCCGCCAAUUAUCUCGCGCCUGCUGCUACCCUCGCGGCCACGCCAUGGAGCGCCUUGAUAAAGCGGCGCUGAACGCGCUGCAGCAGCCAGAGUUCAGAAAUGAAAACACUUUAGCUUCAACCCUCAAGACACUCCUGUUCUUCACAGCUUUAAUGAUCACAGUUCCUAUCGGGCUGUAUUUUACAACUAAAUCCUAUGUAUUCGAAGGUGCCCUUGGAAUGUCCAAUAGAGACAGCUACUUUUAUGCUGCAAUUGUUGCUGUUGUUGCUGUUCAUGUGGUUCUGGCCCUGUUUGUCUAUGUGGCCUGGAAUGAAGGCUCACGGCAGUGGCGUGAAGGCAAACAGGAUUAAAGUGAAAAUCACCUUUUGAUAGCAUGAAAUUUAUUUUUGAAAAUGUUAAGUACUUCUGGGAUAUUGAUAAUAAAUACAUUUUCUUUGAAUAAAGUUGAAAGAACAUGUUAAAAUCAGUCUUAAGGAGUCAGUCGCAUUUGGCUAAAUUUUGACCCACCCAAUAAUAUGAUAUGGUCACUUUGAACUUUGAAUCUCCAUUUGCAAACGAAAAUUUGGAAAAGUUAAAUAGGUACAAAUGUAUAUGUUAAGAGAGUUAUAUUUUAUCCUAGGAAGAAUUUGAUUACCUUAUAACAACAAAAAUGUAUAGCGAUUUGCCUUAUACUUGCUUUUCAGUUUUAUUUCUUUGGGUAGAUUAAGAAAUGCUUAGUGAAGCAAAUCUAAAUUUCCUUUUUCACUGGAGGACUUCCUGAAAAAUACUCAGUCCUUGGAUUUGAGAUUCUAAUUUCCUGUGGGAAGUUCCCUAAAUUGUAGGCAGUAUAGUUAAUCUGAAUGUCACUGAGGAAGGAAAACUCUCACAUUCCAUUAUUUAAUGGGGAAAGUUGCUGAAAUUACACCCAUUCAUACAAAGAAUUUAGGGUUACGGAGGCAAAGAAUUGAGCUGACUGUCAGCAUUGUGAUUAUCAUGCUAACAUUGUGCCCUCAUUUUUCUUUGAAAUUAGGCUUCAGUUGCAGAGUUUAUCAAAAUCCCAUUUACUAUGUUGUCCUACUUUAAAAUAGAUAGUAUAUAAUAAGUAUUAGAAUGCCAAAAUGGCCAGCUUUCACACAUGGAGAGUGGAUACAGUCUUGAAAACACCAUAUUUCUUGGAGUUUUUGUUGAUCCUUUUUUUUUUUUAAAUCAGUGCUAAGUUACAUCCUGUAUUUAUAGAUAAUCCUUCAAGUCUUUUUUGACGAGAACACUCUUGCCCCAGAUAAAAAAGCCCUGUUACCUUGCUUUGGUACCUUCCUUCAGUCUAUGGUCAGAUAAACCACUUGGUACUGUGCAUAUGCAAUUUAAAGUGCUAUUCCCCAAAUAUUUAUUUUUUCUUAAAUGUUCAUAAUAUAUGUUCUGUAAAACACUAGGAAAAUACAUGUCACAAUUGGCCCGUAAUGUUACUACUUGCAGACUAUCAGUAGUUUAGUUCACAACUCCUGUUUCUUAAUGCUGGUUCCAAAUACACUACAACCUUGGUUUAAGUUUAGAUCUUGCCAACUCCACCAAAGAGCUGUUUGCAGUUUUCCCUAUACCUGAUAUUACCCAUUGUCUACCUUUAGUCUUCUUAAAUUCACAUUUCAAUGUUUUUAUCAUAAAUAAAAUUUUAAGAUAACUCAAAUAUAUAACGUGGAUAUAUCAAAACAUUACAUAGUACCCCAUAAGCAUGUAUGCUUUUUGUUUUUAUAUGUGAAUUAAAUGUAAUUGUAAAAAUGAAGAGCGUUCAAAUACCUGUUACUGGUAAUCCUAAUAUAAUGAGUGGCCCCUGCUUUAAUGUUUGCCAUUGUUGAUUUGUUUGUCUGCUGUUAUUUUUAUGCUGUGACUAGACUAGAGAAAUAGAGGUGAUUAGACAUAUAGAUAAUGUGUUUGUGUUACAUUAUCGCAAAGGCAAGAUUAAUGUAAUUAUUAAAGGAUUGUUCUUAA